AUGAGAUUACUCGAGAAGCUGGCAGACGAUAAACCUGUGGUACAAGAUAAGGGUGCAGAAGAACCAGAGGUCACGAAAUUGAGAAGAAAUGAGGCGGAUGGUAGAGAGGACUCCUCGAAAGAAAGGAAACCCGAUGGAAGAGAAGUCGUGCAGUCAUUGGUUGAGAGGAUCCCUGAGGACAUACUUGAGAGGACUAUGGUCAGGAAGAAGAAGGUAGCAUUCAAGGAGGAGGCUGAGCACCUGGGACUGGGUCAAGAGUCCGGGGAGAGGGACAGUGCAGAGGAAGAUGCUGAAGAAGAAAAUUUGUCCGGGGAGUGUGAAGAAUGGGAUGAAGACUCAGAGAAAAGCAACGAUGAUCAAGAUAGUCUAUGCAUGAUACGAUACUGGCAGAAGAGAAGAUGA